AUGCUCGCCCCUUUCCUGUUCGUGCUUGGUGCCGUGCCAUUGACAUUGGGACUUUCGUCAAUCAGAUCUUCAGCUUCAAAUGGCCAAGAAGAAGAUGAAUGCGCCGUGAUAUCUAAGCGCGUAUCAUGGCGAAACCUUACGUCGACGGAAAAGUCGGACUACCUGAAGGCAGACCAGUGUCUAAUAUCGUCUCCCCCAAGAUCCGGCAUAGUUGGAGCGAAGAAUAGGUGGGACGAGCUGCAAUAUAUCCACAUCGCUCAAACCGAUUAUGUUCAUGGUGUCGGUGCAUUCCUGCCUUUCCACCGAUACUUCAUGAAGGUGCACGAACAUGUCAUUAGGACGGAGUGCAACUACACCGGACCUCUGCCGUACUGGGAUGAACCAGCCGACAUUGGAAACAUUAUCGGAUCUCCCCUUUUCGACGUCGAAACAGGAUUUGGAGGUAACGGCACGGGAGCCGGCAACUGUGUUGCCGAUGGGCCAUUUGCCAAUCUUACCCUACGGUUCCAGGCCGACCUAUCGAUCGACGAGUACUGCCUUUCGCGAUACCUUAACGACCGUGCGCUCUCAAUGGCGACGAAAGAAAAUGUUGACAAGUGUCUUGAAAGAGAGACGUACGUAGAAGCAUGGAAUUGCCUGGAGGGGCUUCCUCAUGGGGCUGGACAUGGUGCUGUGAUGGGCACCAUGAUCAACCCCUUUACGUCGCCUGGUGAUCCUAUCUUCUAUCUUCACCAUGGGUAUUUGGAUAAGUUAUGGUGGGAUUGGCAAUCGCGAAAUUUGACGACGCGGUUGACUGAAAUAGGAGGCAAUAAUACGGCAAGAGGCCCUGGCUUUGGCUUUGGUCCCGGCUUCGGCGGCGCUCCGGGCGGGGGUCCGGGUGCUGGCUUCCCCGGCGGAAAUCCGUUCGGUGGUAACGGCAGCUUUCCAUUCCCCGGAUUCCCUCCAUCGAAUGGUUCGAAUCCGUUUCCAUUCCCCAUUGGGAACAAGACGGUCAAUAAGGCGUUUACUGACUACUUCAACGACGGCGGGAAUGUUACGACGCUGAACCAUACUCUGUGGUCGGCUGGUGUCAUGGACAAUGCUACGAUAGCGGAUGUCAUGAAUCCAAGUGGGAAAUUUAUGUGCACUGAAUAUCUAUAG